AGACGUUCUAGACAUGACCCGGAAAUGUUCCUGGGCCGAUGUAAUAAAGUUCUUCCGGGGGAGGAGCUUCCUUCUCUUUCGUGUCGGCCAUUACAACGAGUGUGAGGUCCUCGUGACUCUAUCCAAGGUGCAAAAUGCAGAACGACGCCGGUGAAUUUGUGGACUUGUACGUCCCCCGUAAAUGUUCUGCCAGCAACAGAAUCAUUUAUGCCAAGGACCACGCUUCUGUCCAGAUGAAUGUCGCAGAGGUCGAUAAGGUGACAGGCAGAGUAAAUGGCCAGUGCAAGACCUACGCUAUCUGCGGCACCAUUCGUAGGAUGGGUGAAUCCAACGAUGCCAUUCUCAGGUUGGCAAAAGCUGAUGGUAUUGUUUCAAAGAACUUUUAAAAGAAGAAACCUUUGAAAUGAACCUUUGUAAAGAAAAAUAAAGUCUUGAGAAAAAGAAAUAAAAAAA